UCUUGUUCGAGUCAAAACAGUGAACUGGAAGAUACUUUCGACUGCAACUGUGAUCUCGAAAUAGACAUUAUUAAACACUUCAGCGCCCAAUUGGAAUCACUGCAACAACUUGUGAAUCAAAGUCAGGCACAAAUUUUGAAGCUGCAAGCUGAGCAAAAGAGGUUAUGUGCUGUGUGAUACCGUUGUCCACACUGUAGUUCCGAAAUUUACAAAUUUUAAAAUUCUUCUUCCUUGCAAAAUAGUCCAAGCCGACCCACCAAUUGCAUGGAGGCAGCCGCUGGUUCACGUAAAAGUGGCAUAUAUACCAUUAAAUCUCAGCUAUUUGGGGAUGAGCCAUUUAUGGUAUGGUGUGAUGAGGAUACGGACUUUGGCGGUUGGAUUGUCAUCCAGCGACGCCUAAGUGCGGAAGUGGAUUUCUAUCGAGAUUGGCAACAAUAUAAGCAAGGAUUUGGGGAAUUGUCGGGCAAUUAUUGGAUUGGUUUGGAUAAAUUGCACGAUCUAACCGCGAGCUGUGAGCAAGAGUUGUAUAUAAAAAUGGAAGCAUCCAAUGGCACAAAGUACUAUGCAAAAUAUGAUUUAUUCGUCAUUGGUAGCGAAGAGGAAGAUUAUGUUUUGCGAACCCUUGGUAAUUACACAGGAAAUGCUCGAGACUGUUUAAGGUAUCAUGAAGGCAGUAAGUUCUCAACAUUCGAUCGCGAUAAUGCUGGUAAUUGCGCGGAAAAUUUUAGAGGAGCUUGGUGGUACAAACAGUGUUACCAGAGCAACUUGAAUGGAAACUAUUAUCAAAAACAGAAAAACGGCGAUGCUAUAACGUGGAUUGGCAUACAUAGGUAUGAGUCACUAAAGUUUGCGCAAAUGAUGAUACGCCCAACAGAGAGAUGUAUGGUGCGGCUGUCGAUGAAACAUUUCUCACCUUAAGAAGAACAACAUAAACAUAGAAAUAAACCGACUUUAUUAAGUUUUUUUGAAUAAAUUUGCACUUACAUACA